AUGGACAAGAAGCAGAAAACACUCGAGGCGCUCGAGGCCUUCAUCGAGAGCCAGAAAGCCCUGCUUGCGCGCACACAGUCCGACAUCGAACGGCUGAGAGCUCUACGCUCUGUUGCUUCCGAAUAUGAUGAUCCUCUCGAAGAUCUUGCAGAAGAACUUGCCGACCCUACUUUCACCCUCCAAGGUCAGGAUGGUGUCGCCGCCGAAAUCCAACGAGAAAUUGACUGGUCUCUAUUCAAGGGCUACGAUCCCAUAGGCAUGCGUACCCUUACUGGCGAGAUCAAGGCUGCUCAAAUAGCACGCUCGCAACCCAGCGCAAAGCAGCGUUCCCCACUCUCACCACUUCAACAACUGGUCAAGGAUGCCCGCCGCACUAUUCUUGAUCCAGUCUUCUCUGCAUGGGUGCCGCCAUCUGAAGACGAAGAGGAUGAGAUCACGCCUGAACAGGCUCGUAAAGCGGCUGCACGUGCACAACUUCGUGCUCUCCGCCAACGUCGUAUAGGAGAAGGCGGAUUGACAAUCUCCGCGACGGGCGGUGCCGGUGUGCACGUUCGCCGUGAUGUGGCGGAUGAAAGUGCGGACGUCGAUCUGGACGCAGAAGAUGCGCCCGCUCCUCUACCUCCGUUUGAACCGAAGGUGCCCGUCCCUGUCGAAGCACAAUAUACGCCUGCUCCUUCUCGUUCAGCCCCUGCGCGCACACGCAAAGCUCCGAUCAAGCCGCCUCCCCAACCCAGACCCGCUACUCCUGCCAAAUCCAAAUCCAAGCGGGCAGCUCCUACUCCUGUGCCAGAGGCCGAAGACGCUGAUGCCAAUGGAGAGCCGCCCAAUAAACGGAAGCGCAAUCAAAAACACAACGAAACAUAUAAACAAGCGUGGUCAGUGUCCGAGCAGCAUCUUCUCGAGCGCCUACUGGACGAGAUCCCCGACGGCGAGAAGAACCGUUGGGCCAAGAUUUCGCGCGCGAUGGAGGGCCGGCGCACGCCGCGGCAAGUUGCGAGCCGCGUGCAAAAGUAUUUCGAGAAGCUGAAACGGUUCGGCGUGGACAUCAUCGGAAAUGGCGGCGGUCCUGUGGCCAUGGAAGACGACGAUCCUCCGUAG